AUGGUAUAUAAAUCAAGACCACCAACGAGUAAAGUGUAUAAAUCAAGACCACCAAUAUAUAAAUCAAAACCACCACCGAGCACAGUAUAUAAAUCAAGACCACCAACGAGGACAGUAUAUAAAUCAAGACCACGACCGAGCAUAGGAUAUAAAUCAAAACAUCUAUAUAAAUCAAGACCACGACCGAUCACAGUAUAUAAAUCAAGACAACGACCGAAUACGAUAUAUAAAUCAUGA